UGCCUGCUACCGGGGCUUUUUUUUCCGGACGGAAAACAUCCAGGGCUUGUCAGAGUGCAGCGGCUCUGUGACGGAGAGCAGCUCCUGGGAGAGGAGACUGAGCUCAACGUGUUCUUACAUUACACUUCAAAAGGGCGACAUUUAGGAAGUUAUUCGUUAUUUCCUUUUUGAUUUUAUUUUUCUUAGUAGUAAUAUCGUUUUUUAAAAAUCGAAAGUGUCGCGUCGUGCGGAACGGGGGACUGGAGCGCGACCAACAGCCGUAGCUGCUUUUUUUUUUUAAUGAUUAUUAAUAUUCGCAUUUCUUUCAUUUGUUUUUCUUCACCCUAAAAACCACCGCCGAUGGUUUCACACAGCGAGUUGGAGAAGGAGCGCGUCGAUCAAUCGCAAGGAUGAAAUUCACCGAGCAUUUGGCGGCUCACAUCACCCCGGAGUGGAGGAAGCAGUACAUCCAGUAUGAGGCUUUUAAGGAGAUGCUGUACUCCGCCCAGGACCAGGCUCCGUCGAUCGAGGUCACGGACGAAGACACGGUUAAGAGGUACUACGCCAAGUUUGAGGAGAAGUUCUUCCAAACAUGCGAGAAGGAGCUGGCCAAAAUCAACACGUUUUAUUCAGAGAAACUGGCCGAGGCCCAGCGGCGCUUCGCCACGCUGCAGAACGAGCUCCAGUCCUCGCUGGACGCCCAGCGCGAAAGCAGCCGAGCCCCGGGGCUGCGUCCUCGCCGGCGCGCCGUCUUCCACCUGUCCCAGCAGGAGCGCUGCAAACACCGCAACAUCAAGGACCUGCAGCUGGCCUUCAGCGAGUUCUACCUCAGCCUCAUCCUGCUGCAGAACUACCAGAACCUGAACUUCACCGGUUUCAGGAAGAUCCUGAAGAAGCAUGAUAAGAUCUUCGAGACGGCGCGAGGGGCCGACUGGCGGGUGUUCCACGUCGAAGUGGCGCCUUUCUACACCUGCAAAAAGAUCACUCAGCUCAUUUCUGAGACCGAGACCCUGGUUACCACCGAACUGGAAGGUGGCGAUAGACAGAAAGCAAUGAAGAGGCUUCGGGUGCCUCCUUUAGGUGCAGCCCAGCCUGCGCCGGCAUGGACCACUUUCAGAGUCGGACUUUACUGUGGAGUCUUUAUCGUAUUAAUGGUCACCAUCAGCAUCACCGGCAUAGCGAAAACGCUGAACUCUUCCCACGACCCCUCGGAGACUGUGUGGCCGCUGGUGCGGAUCUACCGCGGCGGCUUCCUGCUCAUCGAGUUCCUCUUCCUGUUGGGCAUCAACACGUACGGCUGGAGGCAGGCGGGCGUCAACCACGUGCUCAUCUUCGAGCUCAACCCGCGCAACAACCUCUCGCACCAGCACCUGUUUGAGAUCGCAGGUUUCCUGGGUAUGCUGUGGUGCGUCAGCAUUUUGUCCUGCCUCUUCUCGGAUUCUUUAAGGAUCCCGGUUCACGCUUGUCCUCUGGCCCUCUACGGCUUCUUCCUGCUUUUCCUGAUCAACCCCUUCAAGACGUGCUACUACAAAUCCCGCUUCUGGCUCCUCAAGCUGCUGUUCCGAGUGGUCACGGCGCCGUUCCACAGAGUGGGCUUUGCCGAUUUCUGGCUGGCCGAUCAGCUCAACUCUCUGUCCGUGGUCCUCAUGGAUCUGGAGUACCUGAUCUGCUUCUACAGUGUGGAGAUGGACUGGGUUUCAACCAACAUUGGCCCCAUUGUGACAGGUGGUCCAUGCAACACUUACUCGUACGGCGUGCGGGCGGUCAUCCAGUGCCUGCCCGCCUGGUUCCGCUUUGUGCAGUGCCUCAGGCGUUACCGGGACACGAAGCGCGCCUUUCCUCACCUAGUCAACGCCGGCAAAUACUCCACCACCUUCUUUGUUGUUACUUUCGCCGCUCUCUACAAGACCCACAAAGCUAAAAACCAUUCCGACACAAACAUUUUCUUCUACCUGCUGAUCGCCAGCUAUAUAAUUAACUCGUGCUACACGCUCAUCUGGGACCUGAAGAUGGACUGGGGUCUGUUUGACCGAAACGCCGGGGAGAACACGCUCCUCCGUGAGGAGAUCGUCUACCCGCAGAAAGCCUACUAUUAUUGUGCCAUAUUAGAAGACGUGAUCCUGCGCUUUGCCUGGACUGUUCCCCUCUCCCUCGGGGUCCUGCCAUUCAACCCCUCAAUUGUUGACGUGCUGUCCACGGUUCUCGCGCCGCUGGAGGUUUUCAGACGCUUCGUGUGGAACUUUUUCCGUCUGGAGAACGAGCACCUGAACAACUGCGGCGAGUUCCGGGCCGUGCGGGACAUCUCGGUGGCUCCGCUGAACGCCGACGACCAGACGCUCCUGGAGCAGAUGAUGGACCAGGAGGACGGCGUCAGGAACCGGCAGGGCAAGAAGAGCUGGAAGAGGAGCUACAGCAUGUCGCUGAGACGACCUCGUCUCGCCUCCCAAUCAAAAAUGCGAGACACCAAAGUCCUGAUUGAGGACACGGACGAUGACACCUGACCUCUGCCAUCUCCAUGGGCUCCUUCAUACCCUUGAAACGGACCCCCGGUCCCUUCAGGGGCCUUAAGCCUUUUUUAAAGGCUCUUUUAAUCAGCCCCAUCACAAAGCUGCCUGACUGCACACACACACACACACACACACACACACACACACACACACAUACAUACAUACGCAUACGGUCUCUGAGACGAACCCAAACCUGACACUUGAACCCGCACACUAGCACAGGAUCUCAGCCACUCGAUUCACUGCAUUUUUUUUUUUUUUUUUUUUUUUUCCUCGAUUUUCAUCCUUUUCUGUUCUGAAAAAAAGAAAAAAACAUUUACGUAUGUUCACGUAUAACAGGGAUCAAAGCGUGAUAAUCAAAAAAAUAUAUAUAUAUUCGGGACCGAUACUAGGAGUGUGUGUAAACACCACGUCUGUGUGUAUGUAGUGGUGUUUAUGUAGCAGUUCACGUCCCCGUAGAUGUUCGUCAUCAUCUGUGGAUUCGUUUUUUUGUUUGUUUUUUAAAGAAUGUGCGUUACAUUUUGUUAUUUAUGUGAAGCUGCCUUGGUCCAAAGUAAAAAAGAUGGAUUCGGUUGGAUUCCAUGAACCCCGUCCCAUUCACAUCCCACUUCCUGACCCCAAAAAACUGACCCUGAGUGAUGGUUUCUAAACCCUCAGGUGGCUUUGAUCGGAUUCAUGCCACUAAUGCAGGUGCGACCAAAAAAAAAAAAAACGAAUAAAUUCCAAUAUUGAAGUUAGUUAGCUAGCUAGCUAGUAAGGUUUUGUUUGUUCGCCUACAUUUUGAUCUAAUUUGUAUUUUUCUUUUUGGUUUUUUUAAAGCAUGAUGCCAAUGCAACCCGAACGAGUGCUGCUCGGUUAGAACCCGCGGGAUUUUUUUUGUUUUUGCGCCCGCGGUGGUUUUAGCUACACGGCUCGUUCAAGAGCACGCCAAACAAACAGAACAUUCCACGAAAGCUUUGUCGUGAAAUCCGAGCAGGGAAUUAAGGCCUGGGCUUUAACCCGAAGCAGGUCUGCGUUAGCAAAACCGAUAAGCUGUAACGCGUUUGUCUUUUUUUUUUCUUUUAAAUUGCUCUACAAACCACGUUUUUUUUUUUUUUUUUGUGUGUGUGUGUGUUUCUUUGUCUUGAGCUUGAACCUACACUGAAUGUUGAGCAUAUUUAUUUUGUACAGCCAUCCAUCACAUUCCAUUUAUGUAUGCGCUUAACACUUGCGCCAGAGUUAGUCUUUAAAUGCCACCGAAGAGUUGUCUUUUGAAGAAAUUACGGACUUGACAUGACUCCAUUUUUAAUUUUUUUUGGUGGGGGAGACUGUAAACGUAUUAACGGAGGAUUUUAAAGGUGGCGUGCCUCAAGGCUCGAUCCUGGGUCAGGUCAAAAACUGUUACAUUGCAGGAGCGACCGAAAGGGCGUAAGGAUCCAGUUUCCAGAUCGUCUUCCCGUCGUCAUGCGCAAGGAGCCGGGCCCUUCCCUCAGGCCCUCAUCGAAUCCGACUCACUUCAGUGCGUCUGCAAUAACAGGAAAAAGGCUCCUCUGUAAGGGAUCGUCCUCUCUGUUCCUUCUGUCCCCAGAUAAUGUUUGAACUAAAAAAGGUUGAUAUAUUUUUUUGUUUCUUUUUGGAUUUGUUCGUCACUGCUCAUAUUUGGACACGGACUGCCUUUUACUUCUGUUCUUUUGUGUAUAUUGGUCUUUUAUUUUUUUUCCUUCUUUUUUUUAUUUAAAGAGAAAUAUUUGCAAUAUGCGUAGUGGAUUUGAUCACCAUUCCAUUUACGAGUGGUGCUAGUUAAAUAAAAAAAUAAAAUAAUGUUAA